AUUUUAUAAAGUAUAAAUCUAUUUUAAUAAUAAUAAAGUUAAUUAUUUUUGUAACUCUGACUGCAUGACACUCACUGUAGACAUUUACCGGCGUUUUUCUUCGUGCAUUCAUUACAAGUGAACAGACACGUUAAGAGUCACUAUAAAAAUCGAACUAGGUAAGGCUUUAGCAUCAAUUGUCAUAAUGAUUGUUGACCAAUUUAUCAUCACAGCAGUCUUUUUAGUCUCUCUGGAAGUUGCGAAUGGAGAAAUUUUAUCAUUAUUUCCUGAUGAGAAUAAGACGAUUGUUUUUGAUUACUAUGGCGAUGUAAAGGCAGGAUUAUCGUCACCAGCAUAUGCCUCUCAAUUCUCAAUGAAAGGAAAAUUUCACAUCACUCGUUAUGUCAGUGAUAUAAAUCUUGAAAAUGCUUACAUUUUAACUCUUAAAAAUGCCACUGCUGGUUUGCAAAAUGGAAAAGCUGAGUAUUUCGAACAUACUAAGUUCUUCACGGCUCUUCAGGAAGCCGCUAAAAUCAUCGAAGAACCAUUUCUUGUUAUUUUCAAACAAUCGGGAGAGCUCACAGGUGUCAAGUUUUCAGAGCACGAAUCGGUUUGGUCUAAAAACAUAAAAUUUGCAUGGGCUUCAAUGUUUCAACUGAAUCUAAAUAAUCUUUCACUUGAAUUACCAAUAAAGACUUACGCUUACACAACUCGAGAGAAAACUUUACACGGAGAAUGCUCAACCAGCUAUGACAUUAAUGCCAAGUACCCAGGAUUUAAUGAGACUCAAACUUUGGUUGUUACCAAAUUUGCAUCACCAAUGGAUUGCGGCCAAUUUAACACUAAAGUGUUUGACUAUGUCGAAACCGAGAUGUGUAGUGGACACAAAAAAGAAGUAAUAGACAUUUCUAGCCGAAAAGUCUAUGAAAUUGAGAAAAAAGGAGCAACUCUAUCGUUACAGAAAGUUAUCGCUCAUGGAGGAAUUCAUUAUGAUCCUGACUCUAUUAGAUCUAAUACUUUUUUUGUUCUGAGCAAUGCUAGUUUUGUUUUGGAAAAAGUUGUACCGUCAACUGAGUUUCCAUGGACCGCGGCCAAUUUUGACAAUGCAGCAUUGAUUACUGACUGGAGCUACCAAACACCAAAAACUCAUUAUGCACAAAAUGCAGAUUUCGAUGUUACUAAUGGCCGUCACGUAGUUAAUCAAACAACUCUGAUAAAUGAAGUCAAACAACUCUUGAACGAUGCCAUUAAUUAUCUGGAAGAAAAUCCAAUUGAAGCCAAAGAACCCAACUGGCAACUAAGCAAAAGCGUCAUCAGAAUCCGCGAGCAUUUGAGUUACGCCGAAAUUUCAUCAUAUGAAAAAAUCUUUGCCGAAAUCGAGAAUCCUACGACUCAUCAUGAAAAAGUUAUCAAGAAUUUGUUUGUGGGUAUUGUAUCUCAAGUAGGAACCAUCGCAGCAACUCGCUUUUCUUGGGAUCUUAUAAAGAGUCAGAAAGUCAGUGAUAGUGAGGCAACAGAAAUGUUGGCAAAACUUCCAUUCAACAUUAGAGAUCCAUCUGAAAAAGUUUUGAAAGAAUUACACUCUUGGAUUGAAAAAAGUGAAACUCUCUCUCCACAAGUCCGUAAAUCCUGCAUCCUUGCUAUUUCAACUUUAGUGCACAGAACAUUCAACAAUGGAUUGCCGAAUGAAAACAAUGAAACACUCAAGAAUUAUUUAAAUUUCUUCUACAAUCGUCUUAUUCAUGAGCCGACUUACGAAUUUCAGCUCAUUUGGCUUUCAGCCAUUCAUAACAUUGAAGUAGGUAAAAUAUACGAACUUUUAGCUCCAAUAAUUCGUGGCGAUUUAUUACUACCAGAGAAACCCGAUUUCUUCCGUUUAUUGGCAAUAUGGGCCAGCAGGAAAUCUUUUUCUACAAAUCGUGAUCAAGCUUAUAGUCUUCUUUGGCCCUUAAUGACUGACUGUACUAUUUCUUUAAAAGUCCGACUUGCGGCUUAUGAAACUCUCCUUUAUCAAGCAACUUCAGUAGCUGACAUAGAACGUAUACAGUUUUUCAUGAUGAAUGAAAAGAACAAGCAUUUCUACCACUACCAUUUUACAACUAUGAAGAGUAUCGUAAAUUUAAAAUCCUCGUGUUCUUCAAAAUUACGAACCCUAGUAAAUACAGUAUGGAAUACCACUCAAGUUCGACAAUCAUUAUCUUAUGGUCACUCAUCUUUCUCUAUCUUUGAUGAACUAGAUAAAAACGGUGAUGGUUAUAAGAUCAAGGCUGCUCAGAUUCACAAUGAAAUUACUAAUGUCCCCGAAAUUAUUUACGCACAGGCAACUAUGUUCGAAGCUCAAGAAGUAGUAAGUGACUGGGCUGUCGCUCUUAAUUUUGGAAGCAAAAAUGAUUCGUUUAUGAGUUUGAAAAACAAUUUUCUGGAAAUUAUCACCGGAGCCGUUAAUGAGGGUUCUAUAGUUGACUUGAUCCAUAAAUUCGCGACCUCUAUUGAAUCAAUUGAAAACUUAUACUUCGAUAUUAUUAUAACUUACAGAGGACAAAUUGUCAUGUCUAAUCAUUAUAAUCAGUGGUCGUUGUCUGAUUUAAUUAAUGAUAUUGUUAGAUUAAUUCCAACUCAUGUUACUUCGUCAAAUACUCCAAUUUUAAAUCACCACAAUUUAUACCAUGUAUUUUACAAAAACACGUUCGAAAAGCAUUUGGUCAGUGAUUUGGGAUUUCCGAUUGUAUUGAGAGAUCUUUCUCCUGCUGUUUACUAUUUAGAGGUGAAAAAUAAUUUACAGACAGACAAUACGGCAAUAAAAAUACAAGUUGAUGCUAAGCGUUCGUCAACUCGCGUGUACUCUGCAUCUAUUUAUAAUCCAAUCCUUGAUACUUGGCACUCUGUUGACCAGUCAUCAGUUGCCAAUGCUAACAUUUCUUUCCAAUUCGACGAAACUUUGAAACCUACAAUUCAAUUCAUGAGAUUAAUUUACUCAAGAUACUGGAAUCUAAAAAUGACUGAAGCCAACCUGCUGUAUUAUAGUAAGAAUAUUGUUUCUAUUGAAGAUUAUCAUACUGAUACUUUAAAAAAAGUGUGUUCGACUUGUAAUGCUGAAGAAAUUUUGAUUGGGAAAAAUCCCUAUCACAAUUAUUCAAACAAAUUCACAAAUAAAGGCAGACAGUAUGAGGUAACAUCAUUUAAUUGUAAAGAUGUAUCAAACGAGACGGCAGACCAUGACUGGAUUUCGACAUGGACUAAAAACUACGAUAAAAUGGCCGUAAUUUCAGCACCAAUCAAAGAUUGUGGUAAACUCAUUACGGUUAAACCUGCGAUUGAUAUCAAUACUGCGGCAGAGCUGCCCAAAUCAAUUGUAUAAUAUAUUACAUUGUUUUUAUAUAUUACAAUAGAAUCGAUGUAUUUGGCUAAUGAUUUUAGAAUAAUGUUUUAACUAUAUAUUUGUUAAUUUUUUUUAUAAUUUUCAUGCAAAAAUAUGUAUAUGAC